UUAAAAUUCGUCAUCUAUUUUUGUUGUUGUUGAUUCUUUCGUAAAUUUAUUCAAAAAAAAAAAUCUUAUUUAAAGAUAAGAUAAAAAUAGAAAAAAGUUAAUUGUCCAGAGUUACGUGUCACUUUUAAUCGGCUUAAUUACUUCAGUAUUUCUUUAAAAACCAACACAAAAUGACUGACUCGGAGGUCAAUCCAAAGACACGAAUGGAUUCGAAACGCCAAAUUCCGGCGCCCGUACAAAAGUUACUCGAAUGGGAUGUGAAAGCAACGAAGGAGUUUGUGAGUUUCUGCUUGAACUUCAAAGUGAUCGAGCAGUUUAAGAAGCACUGUAAAUUCCUCGAAUGGUCGUGUCAUGGCUUGGUGUGGCUCGUUUGUUGGAUCGGAUUUACGUAUAUGAUCGACUCGAAGGAUUUGUAUCAGACACAAGUCAACAUGUUCCUCGGAUUAAUUUUGGAUAUUGUUUUUGUGUGGAUUUUGAAGGCAGCGACAAGAAGACGUCGUCCUGCGGUAGAUGACAAUCCGUUUAGCUUUGGUCCAGAUAAAUAUGCGUUUCCGUCGGGACAUGCCUCGAGAGCUGUUUUUGUCGCUUGUUUCUUUACUUUGUUGGAUCCUUUGCCGUGGAUCUUCUUUCCGUCGAUCGUGGCUUGGUGCGUCGCUGUUUGUUUCUCACGUUUAAUCAUUUAUCGACAUCACAUUUUGGAUGUUCUUGCGGGAGCGGGACUUGGAAUUUUUGAAGCUUUGCUAAUGGCUGUUUUUUGGUGCAAUCAAGAAACGAGCUCAGGCUUGAUUAAUUUCAUGACUGACGAGAAAUUGGUUGGACCUUCAUAUGAUGUUUAAAAAAAAUUGUUAAAAAUCGCCUAAAAAAUUUAAAAAAAAAAUACAAAAAUUCUGUUAAACAAC